AUGGAGGGUCAACAGAAUCAGCCUCCGAAUGGACACCCACAGUUUCGUCAACAGCAGCUUCCUUCCCAAGCGGUGCCACCAGGUCUGAAUCCGGGAAACAGUCCACCCGGUCAUCAACAGCAGUACCAACAGCAGCCGAUUUUUACCCAGGGAAUGACGGCGGAUAGUGUCAUCGUACAAAUUUUGCAACACCUUCAGCAGCAACAGGCAGUAACAAACCAGCUUCUCCAGCAGCAGCGUGAAGGCACACAUCAACAGCAGGAGUUCCUGCAACAGCAGGAAGCGCUUUUCCGGAAUGCGAUGUCAUCAAUCAACGUCAGCGUUCCCCCUAAUCCAGAAGCCAUCUUGGAUUCGCUAGCUGGGAACAUCAAAGAUUUCCAGUUUGAUCCUGAGAACCACUGUACUUUCGCUGCCUGGUACGCUCGAUACGAGGACCUCUUCGCCGAGGAUGCACACAGACUGGAUGACGAUGCUAAAGUGAGGUUACUUCUGCGCCGCCUAGGAACCAACGAGCACUACAGAUACGUGAGCUACAUAUUACCGAGUACGCCGAAGGAUUUCACGUUCGACGUAACGGUUCAGAAGCUUACAGCACUGUUCGGGACCACAGAAUCAAUGGUGAAGAAACGCUACAGUACGCUCACCUUCGCUAAAACCCCGACUGAAGAUUACGUCACUUUCGCGUGUCGGGUAAACAAAAUGUGCGUAGAAUUCGAGCUGAAGAAGAUGUCCGAGCAACAAUUUAAGUGCCUAAUGUUCGUUUGUGGUCUCAAGGGUGAGUGUGACGCCGAUGUACGUACCAGGCUGUUGGUGAAGAUUGAGAGCAACGAUGAUGUCACCCUAGAGGCGAUGAUUGAUGAAGCGGCUGAUCAAUCUAAAGAACGAUACAGCGAUGAUUGA